CCCCGCCUCAUAUUGUAUGAUUAAAUGCUGUAAGCCUUCAAGGUGUAAUUCCAAGGCGAGUUGCAAUGUUUGCGCUGAGACACCUGCGACUGCCGAGCGCGCGACACCUUCGCAGCUCUUAUGCGGCGGCGGCAACAACAAAACACAUGCUGCCCCGGCGAACAGCGCGUGUUCUGAUUGGAGAUUUGAGCCCGGGCGACGGGGAUAAGCCACGGAUCCAGGAUAUAUACUCCAGGAGCUCGAGCAGCACUUCCCCUGAACCCGCGAAGCGACUUACGCCGGCGGAGGAACUCCUGGCGGCAGCCAAACCCUACGCCCAACUGAUGCGCAUCGACCGGCCCAUUGGAACCUACCUGCUCUUCUGGCCCUGCGCCUGGAGCAUCGCCCUCAGUGCGGAUGCGGGCUGCUGGCCGGAUCUCACCAUGCUCGGCUUGUUCGGCACGGGGGCACUGAUUAUGCGCGGUGCCGGCUGCACAAUUAACGAUCUCUGGGACAAGGACAUCGAUGCCAAGGUGGAGCGGACGAGGAUGCGACCCUUGGCCUCCGGUCAAAUCAGCCAGUUCGAUGCCAUAGUCUUCCUCUCGGCGCAGCUCAGUCUAGGCCUUCUGGUGCUCGUGCAGCUCAACUGGCAGUCUAUAUUGCUGGGCGCCAGUUCGCUGGGCCUGGUCAUCACCUAUCCCCUCAUGAAGAGGGUCACCUACUGGCCCCAGCUGGUCCUGGGCAUGGCCUUCAACUGGGGCGCCCUGCUCGGCUGGUGCGCCACCCAGGGCAGCGUCAACCUGGCCGCCUGCCUGCCGCUUUACCUCUCCGGCGUCUGCUGGACCAUCGUCUACGAUACGAUUUACGCCCACCAGGACAAACUGGAUGAUUUGCAGAUCGGGGUGAAGUCAACCGCUUUGCGAUUUGGCGAGAACACCAAGGUUUGGCUGUCCGGAUUCACCGCUGCCAUGCUGACGGGCCUGUCCACUGCUGGCUGGGCUUGCGAUCAAACUUUGCCUUAUUACGCGGCUGUUGGAAUAGUCGGAGCUCAUCUCGUGCAGCAGAUCUACUCCCUCAACAUUGACAACCCCACCGAUUGUGCCAAGAAGUUCUUGUCGAAUCACCAAGUAGGACUCAUUCUCUUUCUCGGCAUUGUUUUGGGAACCCUCCUAAAAUCAGACGAAACGAAGAAAAAGCGACAGGCGACACUAGCCAGCUCAUAUGUUCCAACACUCCCCCAAAAGCCAGAAGUUAUAAGCUGA